AUGAUCACACUUUGCAAUGACAGCCACAGUAAUUUCAUCCUCCUGGGCUUCUCUGACAAGCCAUAUUUGGAGAAGGUCCUUUUCUGGGUCAUUUUGAUCUUUUAUUGCUUGACCAUUUCAGGAAAUAUGGUCAUCAUCCUUGUUUCCUGGAAGGAUCCCAAACUCCAAAUCCCCAUGUAUUUCUUCCUCUCCAACCUUUCCUUCCUGGAUCUGUGCUUCACCAGCAGCUGCGUUCCUCAGAUGUUGGUGAAUUUCUGGGGUCCGGAGAAGACCAUCAGCUACCUUGGUUGUGCCAUUCAACUCUAUGUCUUCCUGUGGCUUGGGACAACCGAAUGUGUCCUUCUUGUUGUCAUGGCCCUUGAUCGCUAUGUAGCAGUGUGUCAUCCACUGCAAUAUACAACUAUCAUGCACACCAAAGUCUGUGUGCAGCUGGCCACCGUGGCCUGGGGCACUGGCUUGGUUCAGUCUCUAAUUCAGUCUCCGGCUACACUGCAGUUGCCCUUCUGCUUACAUCGGAUGAUAGAUGAUAUCGUGUGUGAGAUACCAGCCCUGAUCCAGCUCUCCAGUGCAGACACUACCCACAUUGAAAUCCAGAUGUUCAUAUCCAGCAUUAUUCUCCUGAUGGCACCCUUGAUCCUUAUCCUUUCCUCAUAUGGUGCUAUUGCGAAGGCAGUGCUGAGGAUAAAGUCAACAGCUGGACAGAAGAAAGCCUUGGGCACCUGCACUUCUCACCUCCUGGUGGUCUCCCUCUUCUAUGGCACAGUCACAGGGGUCUACCUUCAACCUAAAAAUCCAUAUGCACAUGAACGGGGCAAAUUUCUUACCCUUUUCUACACUGUGGUGACUCCAACUCUUAACCCCCUCAUCUAUACCCUGAGGAACAAGGAGGUAAAAGGGGCACUAAUGAGAUUAGGGGGGAAGACCCGGGAUUCCCCACAUUCCAGUGAAUAUUCGUGUACAACUGUACAGAGACUAGCCAUGCUAGAUAUCACUGUCUGA